AAGUUUGAUAUAUUUCCGUGAUAGAAAACAAAUAUUAAAAAUAUCAAUCAAGUAUUUAUAUUCCAUUUAAUAAGUUAAUGAAAUUAUAGUCUACUACAGUGCGCGCAGCGCACUGCGCCUGCAAGUCUAGUAUGAUAAAAAUGGUGGGAGCAUGCUGUGUGUACCACGUGACCAUCGCAGCUUUGUAUAUAGGUAUACCUACCUAUAUAUGUGUACAAACGACGGUUGCCGCUUUACCUAUUGCUAUGCCGCAAUGCCGCAGUAGUGUUCUCGCCGUGUGGUCCAAAUUAUUCGAUCAGCAAUUCCGAUUCGCGCGAGAUUGCAGCGCCAGUACUCAGUAGAGCUAGAGUGCAAUAAGUGCGCGCGCGUUGGUGUUACUCAGCGGCGGUUCUGUUGAACACCCACGAAGUCGCGACUCGCGACGGUAGGUACUAGGUAGAUACGGGCGCCGAAAUAAGUACAAACGACUGCAAGUGCAAACCGCAUACCUAUAUGUCUCUAUGGAUGUAUAAUAAUAUUUGCGGGACGAGAAAAAAUAAGGUCGGAUGAACGCCUCCCGAAUUCCCGAUGUAUCAGAAGAAGAAUCAAGAAGUGGCGUCAGUUGCCUCGGCGCUCGGCACUUAGCAGGCAAUUGACACCGUCAGAGGAGCACCAGUCGAUUCUCCUCCUCGACUACCUCGUCUAAGUUGUCCGUACGUCUGCACAAAGGAAUCGCCGUGACUCCUCGCCCGCCGGGAAUGUCCAAGUUCAAGAUCAAGUAUGGUCGCAGUAAGUCAUGCGAAAGAUUCGAGCUUGAUGAGAGAACAUGAAGAGUAGCUGGAAUAAAGAGGACUCUGCAAAGAAACAUCCUGGCUAUCGUAAUGUUGAUACUGCUAAGGGCACCAAAACAUCUAUUGGUGCUGAUCAAUACGUGCAACCUUGGGAACAGCAGAGGAAAAAUGUAGAAUCAGCUAGAAUUGAUGUUCCUCCAACUGAUAAGUCUGAUAAAACAAGUUUAAAGACUUUGGAAAGUUUACUUCUGCAUCAUUCCAUACAGCCUUGUCCUUUCACAUUUUUGACAGCUGUUAAGCGAAAACUGGCCCUUGGUGAAAAUCCCUCUGCUUGUAAGAAAUCUUAUGAGUCAGAGCCUGGUAAAGAAGUAUCCAAAGAUAAAAUGGACUUCAUAAAACCUUUAAAAGUGCCAGAUCUAAAGAUCUCACCUAAAGCUGAUUAUUCAUCCCGAGAAAGUCUUCUAUCCGAUGAAGAAUUAUCUAAAAAAAUUGAAGCUGUACAAAGAGAGGAAAUGACAUUGAAAAGUACUGAUCGCGUACCGAGAAAACUUGAAUUUUCAUCAUCUAGUGCUACAUCAAUGCUUAAUUAUGACAAUGUUGAGCCUUUAAAAAUACCAGAUUUUGCAAUUACAAAAAAGAAAGACCUUUCUAGAGAUAGUUCUAGAGAAAAGGAAAACAGAUCUAAAAGAGUAAAAAAAGAUGACUUAAAUGUGAUAAAGAAUAAAGAUAAUCUUCAAGAUAUAUCAAAAUGGCCCAAAAGUCAAAGACACAUAUCAAGAAAAGAAAUCGCUGAUUCCAUACUCAAUAAAAAAAUGAAAAGUGACCGUAUUAUAGCUCAUGAACCAAAAGAAAAUGAUGUGAUUCUAAAAAAAUCUAAGCCCAAAAACUUCACAACUUCCACUAUCAGAAAAGAUGAUGAAAAACGAAACAAGUACUCACACAUUCCAUCAGUAAAAUCCAGGAAAGAUAAAUCUUUGGAAUCUAGAAAUCGAACCUCAAGUAGUGAAUCAAUUUAUGCAUUGGAUAAAGGAACACGAUUACACGAGAAAAUUUUAAUUCAGGAAGGUUAUAAAGCUAUGAUGUCUGAAAUCAAUGAUCGUAAAUAUAAAGAUGACAGUCAGAUUGUAAAUACAUCAAAAACGUCUGAUGAACAAAAGUAUAAAUCACAUUCUGAAACACGAUUAGGGAAGCACCAAAACAAAUCAAACUCAGUAAAGCCUAUAGAAAGCCUAACAAGAGAUCAAAACAAAAGAAUUUUUGAUAAGCAAAAAUCUUCAAGUAAAACGGACACAAAAUAUUCUUCUGAAAUAAGUGAAGAUCUUACAACUGCUCUUAACUCUAUAGCUAGUCAAGGAAAAACUCAGAGCUUCCCUACUGAGUUGUCAUCAUCAAUAAUGACAUCAAAGAGCAAAGAUAUGGAAAAAUUUUCUCAAUCGAGUAAUAAUCGACGUCCUGAAGAGCCCAAGUAUUCUGACACAUUCUCACAUACAGCUUCAACGAACUCUGGAUCCAUCAGUACUCAUAUAGAAACAAAAAUCUCCCAAGAAAGCUCACUGUCUGAAAAAUUAUUGGAUCCUCUAAGAAUUUCUUUCAGAGAUGACAGUUACUCUAAUGUACCUGAAUUUGCUGAUCUUGUUACUCCAGAUAUCAACCUUAUGGUUCGAUCUAAAAGAAGAAAGCAAAUCAUACAAGGACGAGAAAAUGACAGUGACUACAAGGAUCCAAAGUCAAGUCCAUCUAAAAAUGGUCAAGAAAUUGAAGAGUCCAAAUUGAUGCAUUUGAAGGAAGAAAUUAAUUUGCUAGACUCAUUUAGUGAGUCAUUGCGACAAGUUAUCGACGUCGAAAGAUCUAAGUUAUCCAGUGCCGAUUUAAAAAGGCAUGCAGGCUCAUCUCAAAAUGAUCAUAAGGACACUGAGUCCAAAAGAACCGAUUUCGAGUCUGUAGAUAAUAAAGAUGAUGGGAAAAAUAAAACUCAAAAACUUUUGGUCAAAGUUGCAGAGGUACAGACUCAGACAGCAAACGACAUUGCAACGCAAACAGAUACAACAACGCUUUAUCCACACGGUCAUAAUACUAGUCUAGUAUAUUCAAGGGUUUCUGCUGAUCAUAAUGAGCUUCCUCAUGUUUCCUUAAAUUCAGAAGAUAGAUAUGAGGAUAUGGAUCGGGUCGAAGAUAUCUCACUUCCUAGUAAGAUGAGGACAAUGUCAGAAAUAAGUCUACAUGAAACGACUUCUUCUAUUAAAACAGAAACUGGAACAGAAAUAAGUAUUUCGACUCGAGGCGUUACGUGUUCAUUCAAUAAAUAUUUGGAUUUAGAGAUGGCGCAGUUGAUAAAAGACGAGAGGCAGCGAUACGAUAAGAUCGAAAUGUUGUUUAAAUCGCGUGAGAAGACCUUGAACGAUCGAACUAAGAAAUUAGUCAAACUUGAGGAACAGAAGCGCGCACUGAGAGAUACUGGUCAAGACAGUCGCAUCAGUUCCGUAAAAAAGAAGCAGCGUGCCCUGCUACUUAAAUUGCAACAGGAGAAAGAUGAAAUGAACAGACUUAAAGAGCUGCAUAAAAUUGCUAGUCAAGAAAGAAAACUUAUGUUGCAAAAGCAGCGGGACAUGUUUAAUCCUGAAAUGUCUACAAAGAAUAUUUUAAACAAGUUGAAGCGAAGCGCGGACAGUCAAUCACCUAGGCGACUUUCGGGACCGAUGAAAGGAUACGACAUUCGUAGCAAUUCGUCAAUAAGUUCAUUAGUAGAUUCUGACAAGUCGCAAUUUGAUCGAUCUCAAUUUGACUUUAAAUUAAAUUUGUCUGAUAUUGUGCCUCAAAGAAAUAAUCUGGAUUGUUCAAAAUUAGAGUUGGAUUCAUCUUUAAAACAGGUUGUACACGCUGGAGAUAACAUUGACAAAAAGUUAUCCAAGUUUGAAGCUAGCAAACAACAGAAAGAAGCAAAGUUGAAGUAUGAUCCAAAGACGCGAAAAUUCGAAGAAAAGAUGCCAAAAUCCGAUCUUAUAAAAUUGAAGUCGCAUCAGUAUGAUCUAGAUGCUAUUCUCAAACAUGGUACUGGUGCUGUGAGUUUGUUGCACAAUGAUAAUUGUGAUAAAGAGGAUAAGUCUGUGUCAGAACAUAUUAGGUCCGAAUCCGAUGUCCUGAUGGAAGAAUUUACUCAUAUUUGGAGAUCACAGUUUCCAGAUUUUCCAUCAGAGUCUCUGCAAGCACUUAAAGAAAUGCACAAAGUAUCUUCAUCGAAAAGGCUUGAUAAAGAAUCGAUUGAGAAACUUCAGCAACAGCACACACCAUACGAAAACAAAAGUGCAAAGCGAAAAGGAAUGAAGUCUCAAAAAUCGAAAAUUCCUCAAACCGAAUCAACCUCAAAAUCGGAUGACUCGCAUUACUACAAACGCUCAAAAAUCGACAGCGAGCAGCAUCCCGACGACAAGUAUCAGAAUUCGAUGCUUGAAGAGAUUGACUUCAAUGAAAGUCAAAGUUCACUACAAGCUCUUUUAAAACACUCGAAUCUGUUAAAAGAACGGAAUCAGCAGUUGCUCCAGGACAUUGACGACGAACGAAAUAAUAUCGUCGCGGAAAACUCGGAGAGUCCUCUGUCACAAAAGGAAGAGGACGAACUUGCAAGAGGUGGCAACUCGGCGAGGUCACAAGUCAGUCUCACAAUAUCACACCAAAGCUCGAAUGACAGUGACAUGAGUUAUUCGAGAUCGGUUAUUAUACGUUCUCAGCAGGAUCAUCAUCCUCAUCAUCAUCGCACUGGUCUCAAGACGUCGAAAAAGCUUGAACAAAUUCUAAAGGCCCGUGAGGCCACGCUGGUCUCGAGGCGCAACUGCGUGGAGGAGUGGAUCGCUUGGCAUGCCAGGCUACGCGACGAAGAAAAUCGUGUAGCACGAAUGGAGCAGGCUGCCUACAAACUCGUCAGCGCCACCGCCAAAGCCCUGUCGCACAAUGACACAACAGUUUCUUCGGAUACCAGCGAUGUUGAAGGCAGAAUCGAGCUGCUUACGCAAAAAUUGGCGGAUCGUCGUUUGGAGAUGGCUCGUCUUAAAAAAGAAGCUAGAAAGCAAGCCAAACAAAGACUCAGGGCGUUAGAAGCUAAUUUAUUGAAUCAAAUUAAAAAAUACGACGCUACGAUUCAUGAUAUGCGCAAAAAGUUGGAAACAAGAAGAGGGACGAGUAAGGAAAAUGAAAAACUAGCUAUUGAAUCUAAGUCAGUUGUGGACUUUAAAGUACCUGAAAUCCCCAUUAAGAAGAUACAGGAAAUUUAUAAGAGCAGUGACUUAUUACGGUCGAAAUCUGAUUCCGACAUUAUUUCAGCACGGUGUCAAGAUAAAGAUGAUAAAUCGAAAGAUGAUAAAACAAAGUCGAACGAAGGCGAAACGGACUCUUCAAAAAGUGGAAGUACAGUGGGAUUUAAACCUUUAUCUUCAUUAUACACAGUUUUUGACGAGGAACAUGAAUCAUCUGAAAAAUCGGACUACAGUGUUGUGCAUUCAUACAAAACGAAAUCCAUCUCGGAAGAAAUUGCAACACAAAAGAGCGUCGAUACGGAAAUACAGGAAAUUAAAAGAUCAUCAUCGCAAAGUAGCAACAUUUCAGAAGAAAUUCCAAGCGAUGUUCAUUCCGUUAAAUCACAAACGGAACACAUUCAAACUGCACAGACUUCAGAAGCAACCCAAUCGCAAUUCGUAAUAGAAAAAAUUAAAGACUCAACAAACUUGCAAGAUAUAAAAAAAAAUUCAAAUAUUGAAGAAGUUUUAACACCUAGUUUUGACGACACAUCACUAAUAUUUUCUAGGAAACUAGAUCAUAUACAGAUUCACAAUAAAGAACUGAACGAUGAUAUACAUACUUUGGAGAACGAUCUCAAGGAAUUAACAGAAAUGAUGUCGAAUUUCAGCAAAAAGACCGAAGAAAAGAAUGUAAAACAAGUAGAUCAGUUCUCACUGAAUUCUAAAGAUAUUCAGAAAAGCACUUCCAAAGAUAUUUCUGAAGAACUGCCUACAUUCGAAUCUAAUGUACAAACAGACGACAUUGACGAAAACUUACAAAGUCGAGUUAAUGAAAUUAUAUCGGCUGUAAUUCCAGAAACAGAUGAUUUAUUAAGUUCAAUAGAAGAGCUUGAUGUUAGAGCUAAAAGUAUGGAAAUUCUUGAUAAGGUCGAGAAAUCUAUGCUUUCCGAGCACGGAGAAAAAUCCGCGGCCGAAAAUAUUCCUACUUAUCUGUCAUCUCACAUUCCUGACGAAUCUAAUAAAGUAUCGUCUGGUGCUAAUCACUAUGGAACUGGCACGAAUACAGUUUCAGAAGUUAUAUCGGUAGAAAAUGACAAAGAGAAUGUUUUGCUAAACGAAUCUCAACUUUUAAUUGAUAAGACAUCACAAUCUCCAAAUGGUGCAAUUAGCAGUCAUAUAGAAUCAGAAUAUGAUUUUGAAUCUGAAAAAAUUAGUAGUGCUCAAAUUCAAGAAAGUAAUUCUGAAUCUGUACUGCUAAAAAUGACGGAAAGAAUUUCAAUUGCGCACAUUGCAUCUUCGAAGAGUAACUUAAACGAAGCAACAGAUAAUCCAGAUCAUUCGGAAACGGAAGAUAAAUGCAUUGAAACUAAACUUUCAACUACUGAAGAAAUUAUUACAAACCGAAUUUCAUCGUCACAAACAGGCAAUAAAAUAUCAGACUGUAACGAAAUUGAGACAAUGACUGAAGAUAAAGAAGACGACAAUGAAGACUGUGCUUUAAACAAAGUUAACAGUUCAUCAUUCAGAGAAAAUAUAAAGACUGUCGAACCAUUUAUAAAGACUGUAGUAUCCGAUGACUGGACAUUAUCUGAUUCCUUUGAUAUUCAGCAAAUCGGAGAUAAGAAUUCUGAUCCCAUUCAGUUACCAUUAGAAAUCAUUUCUACUAUAAAAGACAAUAAAGAUGAAGAACGGGUAGGUUUCAGCGAUAUGGAAGAUUCUACGAUGUUUAUUCCCAAGGGCGAGUCUACAAAUAUUCAAGACACUUUCGUACUCAAGUUGGAUGAAUCAAGCGAACCGCGAAUUGGGAUUCGUUCAGAAGAAUUUAACGACAUUCUUGAGAUAAUUGAACGGGAGACAAAAAAUGACGACGAACAUUCUCCUCAACCUGCAAUAUUGAAUAUAGAAGAUCGAAAUUUACCCCAAGUAGAUGUUAAAAUCGACAGCCCGAUCGAGUGCGAUUUAUCUGUAACUGUUAAAGCUGUAGAUGAAGAAUUAGAAAGCAUAGAAGAAGAAAUAGAGAGUAAAAACGAAAAUAUCAUUGAUGACAUUUCUCAUGAAUCAUCGUUAGACGAUAAAAAUACUGAUUUGCCAAAAAUAGAGAUAGGUCUUAAGAUUGAAUUAGUCGAUGAGGAGAAUGAUAAAAGCAAAGUAAAGUCGAUUUCAAGUUUUCGUGAAAAGCACAAUAAAGUUCAAAUAACUGAUUUGACGGGAUUCAGUAGCGAAGAUCGGGGAAGUUCAGAUGGAGAGCAAUUGGAUAACUUGAUAGAAGUAGCUGAAGGUAAACUUGCUACUUUAGAAAAAUUGACCCCUACUAAAAAGUUAAUCGAAAAUUCACAAAAACCGAAAACGCACGUGACAGUAUUUUUAGAGAAGACAUUCGAAGUAAUAAAGGAUCCAGAAUAUGAAGAUAUAUCUGAAGAAAGUUUAGAAGUCUCUGAAAUUCUUGACAAAACGGAAUCCCAUGGAUCACAGAAAUCAAAGAAAUUUACGACAAUACCAGAAAAAUAUGUUAUCAAAUCCAAAUCCGACGAAGUUUUACGUAUACUGGAUGAAAUUUCAAGCAAACCUUCAAACAAUUAUAACGAGGAGAACCGUGAUAAUUAUGAUAUUGACGAUCGUGCUGCGGUGAAAGUAAAUAGUUUCGACGAUUUACAAAAUGAAGAAGUAAUCGUUGUACCUUCGCCAUUCAGAAAAUUGAAUGGUCUUGAAAAUACAGACUUGGAGCUUGAUAAAGAUGUUUUAUCAGAAGAAAAUUCAGUAAAGGAAAUCUUCAAUAAUCAGGUUGCCGCGACAGAAAUAAAGCUUGAUGUACAAGAAGAAAAAGAAGAUCAAGAUGUUCAAGAGAAAGAAGAAAACUCUUCUCAAAUUAUAUCCGAAAUAAGUGAUGUUGGCGCACUUGAUACGCCCCGAGGUGUAUCAGAAAUCGACACGGACUCGCCUAGAGAUGUAAAUGAAGAUUCUCGUCUAGAUGUCGAUGCUUUGGACGACGACUUACUUAGCGGCAACUCUUUGUUACUACAGACGCCAAGCAAGGAAGCUAAAACUGAAUUCCGCACAACUCCAAUGGGUGUUAAUUGCGAAAAGGACAUUGAGGCUAUGAUCGACAAGCUAAAAGCUUCAUUGGAGCAACCAGGUCUAGAGGUCGCUGAAUUGGAAGCUAAAUUGCUACAAAUUGAGAAUCUUCAAAUUGAGCUUGAGAUUAAGAAGUUAGAAGCUGAAGAAGUAUCUUACUACGUAAGAGAAAUACCAAACAAACCACCACCACCAUACACGCCGCCAGGAGCUGUCCGUUUGUCCAGCGCUCACGGGUCUCCCUCACCUCCACCGGCAGUAAUUCCAACAAAUGUCGAGGAGUUAACGGCAAUCACUGAAAAGGCCACUGCCCUUAUAUAUAAAGCAAAGCAAUCUGGUGAAGAAGUCUUAGCUUUGGUAGCACCUCCUGAAAUUUGCGAGCUUGCCAAAGAUAAUAGUAGCGACGCUCUUAAAAAGGAUCGCCGAAUUUACAAUACCUUCUUGUUCGAUUUGUGCAAAGAGGUCAUUGCAGAAAUGUACAAGGCAGAGUACGAGAGGCCAGGGCCUAGUUGGACCAAGCCCAACGUUAAAACGAAACCCGCUGUUAAGAUAGCGAAAAAUGUGGAUGAGCUCAAUGAUUACGUUUCCAAGGAAGUUGCUACUUUGUUCGGUUUUAAAACAAAACUUCAGCGUGAGAAUAUGGUCAUGCGCUGGAGUAGAAAGAGAAGAGACAGAGUUGACGAGCUGCUAGCUAAAGAAGCACAAGCAGAGGAAAAAGAAUGGACCAAGUUUCAUCAUGAUGAACUUGCCGUUAAGAAUGAAUUGAGUAUGACGAUAUUAGACACGCUGAUAUUGGAGACGACAAGCUGUAUCAAAGCGGCAUACACUAAGAAACGAAAGAUUGUUAAGACUUAGAAUGCCAGAGGUAAUUUAAGAAAAGCUACGCGGUAAAAUAGAUGCUGUUGCUUGCUGUUAAGAUGAAAUCUAUAAAAUCAAGCAAAGUUGUAUAGUUUGUACGUAGUUAGUAAGUUAUUAAAUAUAAUAUUACAACCACACUUGACUUUAAAGAGUUCUGAAAAUGCUAUCUCAAUUCUUUUCUUGCAAUUACCUGUUUAUUUUGAAACUACACUCACAACUGACAAAAUCAAGUUAUCCGGUCCGAUUUGUUUUUUGAUAUAAAUAUAGUAAAAUGAUCAAUUUUCAAACAAUGAAGUAGUAACUGAAUACAAAGUGAAGGCCUAUGCUAUCAUAACAAACCUUAAUGGUCGUACGAAAUUCUAUUUGUGUAUAUUAGAAUUGAAAUUCACAAAAAUACUUGUAUGUAAAUAUAUCAGUAAUUUAUGACUUUUAUUUAAAAACUAUCUAUUUAUCUAUCUAUCUAUUUUCAUAAGGCCUUAAUAUACAUAAAUAAGAAGCAUUUAUUAAAUUAUUAAGAUCAAUCUUUUUUUUUACCGUGCAGCAUCAAGUGUUAGAUAAUUGUUUGUCUUUAUUAUUAUUAAUUUAAAACUGCACAAUUGUCUUGUGUGUGUGUGCGUGUGUUCUGGUGAAUAUGACUAUCGUUAAAGUUUGAAUUGAGGCAGGUCGUAAGAUGAGAUCUAAAACUCAUCGUUAGUGUUUACUUACACUUACGCAUAGGCUGGUUCCUAUUUAAUUUGUUAACAAGACAUUUUUUACACUCCUAUACACAUUUUUUCGUCGCACAUUAGUAAGCAAUUUCGUGCUCCGCGUAAGUAGAAAACAUACUCUGUAGUUAGAAUGGUUCUUACACGAUAAUCAAAUGAACUAUGUCAGUAUGCGAUAGUUGAUAUUUUGUAUUGGUGCGGUGAGAGCGCAUGCCUGUAUCAUAAAACAUAUAUAAUAAGCAAUGCGUUUUGCUUUUUUGAUUUUUCAUUAAUACCGUUAUGUUGUAGAGAGAUAUAUCUGUUAGAUUUGUGAAAAAGUAUGAAAAGUAUAGAGAACUUGUAUAUUAAUGAGGAACGGUAUACAGCCUUAGUAUUUAUAGUUCCAACAUUUGGAUGUCCUGGGGGGAGGGGGAUAUUUUAAUUAUUAUUAUUAACAAGAGCAAUGCUCAAAUAUAUUUACUAGUAAAAUUAACAAACUUGUAAGACUGAUGUUUUGGGGCCAUUUCGAUUGAUUGAAAUUUCGAAAAAAAAUGUAAAAAGAAAAUAAGCAAAGGCUGAAAGACGCAGGAUGACGUGUAUGUAGAGUAUAUGUCAUUUUCGGAGUUAAUGCUUCGGUAAUAGUUUUGACAACGAAUGAUGUUUUUUCUUAUAUGUGUAUGUAUGUAUGUGUGUAUGUGUAUAUAUAUAUAUAUAUAUAUAUAUAUAUAUAUGUGCGCACACAUUUAUGUGCGCAAAUUGAAAAAAAGAAAAUAAAUUAAUUAACAAAACGUACUUCUAAGAUCAACAAAAAUAUUUCUGGGAUUUUGUUUUGGUUUUCAUUAAUGCGUUAUGUUCAAGAACGGAUGCUUAUUACAUAUACUUGUUUUUGUCUUUUUAGACGUUCCGAUAUCCGUCUUAGUUGAAUUUAGUUUUCUUGGUUGUGAUGUACAUAAGGUAAAGAAAUGUUUGAGUGCAUACGAAAUCUUACGUUUUGUAUCAUAAACCGAAAAUUGUUUUUUCAAUAAUUCAUACUUUACAAAUUUGUUUUUUAUUUUUCUGAGAAACAUAUAUUAUAUAACAAUACGUAAAAACUUGUAUACUGUACAUAUCGUGCCGAAGCAGUUAAAUACAACGUAUGAAAGACUGCAUCUGCACGAUUCCAGGCGUAGAUUGUUAUAUGUAAUCCAUGGUAUGUAGAAUUUGUACUUAAUUAAGUUCUAAUAUAUUUUAUAAUAAAUAUUGUAAAAAAUUUA